AAUCUCUCCAGCUUUCGCGUCAGCAUCCAAACCCGACUAUGCUAGUGACCACCCUAUCAUAUUUUUCUAAAGUGGGAGUGCGAUGUACCUCAAUCCGCCACAUAAUCAUCGGCACAACAAUACCCCGCAUCAACGCACCAAGACUAUCCAGAAAGAAACGCUCUACCCAAUUGGCUCGCUUCUUACCGCGAUCUUCGCAUUUCGUAUCACGACCCCCUUUCAACUCGCUAACCAAAAUCGAAUGAGCCUUGCAGAGGCGCAGCACAGGUUAACCAGAGGGCUGAAUGAGGCUGCACACCCGCGCGAGGGAUUUCUUCUCCUUACAUCGCCAUUAUCUCCUUUACUCCUCCUAUAAAAUAUUUAAUCUUCAUCUACUGUAGCUAGAAUCCAGCAUAUAUUCCGACUCCAUUCCCACAGCCAAACCGGAAGAAGACCCCGCCAACUCCUGACUUUCAGUUCAAGCAACACCUCGAUGGCAACAACCACAACAACAUACGCCAAGGGCGGAAUUCCCCUUCGUACUAUCCCCUCCUCCACCAUCACCUCCUCUUCUUCAUGCUCGAAACCCUACGACCCCUCAAUAACAAGAACCUACACCCCAUCCAUCACCAGCACGCUCGCACCAUCGACACUCGCACCCUCCACAAUCUCCACAACCCGCUUUCUCCUCGCACCACCCGCACCAUUUCUCCCUACCUCAACCCUCCAAAUCCAAACCACAGGAAAAGCUCUCUUCCGCCUCCCGUCCCCUCCAAAGGAGUUAGAGAUUCCGAUUUUCUCGCUCGAGACGGGCAGACCUGUAUACCUCUCUGUCCGUGGGAAGCGGAGUUCCGGAAAUUGCACGCUGGUGGAUGUGGAUAGUGAAGAGGAGCGUGUGCUUGGGUCGACGGAAUAUCAUUGGGGUCCGGGGAAAUGUCCUAUCGUCAGAGUGAAGGGAGUGGGGGAAGGGGGAGAGGAAGAGGAUGAGUUUGAAAUCCAAGGGAAGUCGUUAGUGAGCAGGACGACGAUUUUUGAAUGCCGAUGGGGACGAUUUGAAUGGCGGUAUGCUGGAAGGAAAGAGAGGGGUGAGGGAAUGAGUAGUCUUCUUGUGCUUGAGAAGGUUGGGGAUGGGGGUAGAGUCAGGGUUGCGCAAUUGGUGAGGGGAGAAGAGACCAGGAGUCCGGGGAGUACAGGGAGCAGUGCAGGGAAUGGGGGGCGGUUGGAGAUGUGUUUGGAUGAUGGGGAUGGGAAGGGGAAGGGCCAGGUGGUGGAUGAAGUGACGGUUGUGAGUACGGUGCUGGUUAUGUUGAAGAAGGAGAUUGAUAGAAGGAGGGCGUUGCAGGUUGCUAUGAUUAGUGCUGCGGGCUCUUGAUUUCUUGGCUGAUAGAUG